AGAAUGAAUACGAUUUUCCGCCUUUAUUCCUAUCAACUGGGGGAGAGGCAAGGCUGGCAGAUAUGCUGCUGCCCAAUCCGUUAAAAUCUAAAUUACCUCUCUCUUUUGAGGAAAACAGCAGUCGCUCCGGCCCGCUGGCGAGGAAAAAAAAAUCCAUUCCAAGUCCCGUCGUUCGACCGCGGGCUGAUUAUCUACCAAUCGUAAAGUCUAUGGUGGUUGACUGCUUCCCCUUUUCUCCUCGCCCGCCGAGAGCCAAGUCCUCCUGGCGGUGAGCGACGCUCUAGGCUGCCUCGUCUGCUCGCUGCUGCCGGCGUCUCCGACCCGGGCUGGACUUGGGCGAGGGACGCGGCGGCGGCAGCGGCGGCGGCUUCCGUCGUUCGUAGCCUGCGCCGCGCCUGGACGGUGCCGCAAGUAUUGACCUCUCGGACUCCCCCCUGCCCAAACCCGCGCCGUCCUCCCAAGUCACGGCGGCCAGAUUAUCCCGCAUCCCGACGUUGCCUUCGCCGUCCUCCGGCCUCCUCCUCCUCCUGGCGGUUCUGCCGCGGCGCCGGCGCCUGCAAGCCCACCUCGCUCCCACCCUUUUCCCGGCCAAGGACAGCGGUUUUCUCCCAUUUUCUUUGCACCCCCGUAUUCAUUGCCGCUCUUCUUAUGAUUCACUUGUUACCCUCAGAUUUCGGCAGUUUCUUCCCCUUCCUAUCCAUAGCUACAUUUUGCAAAUUAUUUUCUUGUAUUUUAAUCCGCAAUCCCUCUGGGGAGUGGAGUGGAGUGGAGUGGGGUGGGGGUGCAACAAUCUUUCGUCCUGAUUUUCCUUUUCCGGUAAUAAUUUUUGGAGAGAGAGCCGUUUGAAUCUAUGCCAGUAAACGCAAGGCAUUUUUGUGGCACUAUAAAGACUAAAAGUAUUUAUUAGGACAUUAGCUUCAUUGGAAAACUGUUAAGCCAUUGCUUUCCUCAACUACAGUGCUGCCUCACACAUAAUUGGCAAAUAGUCUAAUUUUGUUCAUGUGCCAGUAAGUCAACAUUAUUUGUACGCUCUGUGGUUAUCUUUUAAUUCUCUGUAGGCUUCUGUCUUCCUAGGACUAGUAAAUGUCUUGAGGAUCGUAUUAUACAGAAUGGCAGUGUAAUCCCUUUUUGUGUGACAGAAAGAACUUCACUUGCUCCAAAAAGACUAAUGUUCGGAACUCCGGGCCUGCAGAAACUAAGUGUGAUUUACAACCAAGCUGGAAGCAGCCAGCAAAACAGCCAAAUACAACAUGGAAGACAGGUGAAAGUUGGCAUCGUUUCUAUGAAACCGUAAAUGACUUCUUGGCAUCUUGAUUGCCAUGACACCCAACAGAGGAUUGUGUGGAAAAUGUGGGAAUCCUCCCCUUGAUAAACUGCUGACAGCCAUGGCUAGUUCCAGGGUUUGCCCAUUGUUUUGACACCAUGGGAACGUGCUGCAGUAGCCCAUGCCGAGACAGGGUUCCAGAUAACCACCCCACCAAGUUUAAGGUGACAAAUGUUGAUGAUGAGGGCAAUGAGCUGGGCUCAGGGAUUAUGGAAUUGACACAGAGGGAACUUGUUUUGCACACUCAUAAACGCGAUGCUGUUCGGUGGCCAUAUCUUUGCUUGCGUCGCUAUGGCUAUGAUUCCAACCUCUUCUCCUUUGAAAGUGGACGUCGCUGCCUGACUGGACAAGGAAUUUUUGCAUUCAAGUGCUCAAGAGCUGAAGAGAUAUUUAAUCUGCUGCAGGACCUGAUGCAGUGUAAUAGUAUCAGUGUGGUGGAGGAACCUGUUGUCAUUACAAGGAAUGCAGCUGAACUGGAGCUAUCCCGGACUCCCCAGACACCUGAUAUCCCAGGUUUUCCUAAUGGGUUCCACAGCUUCCCUUUGGAGCCCUCAUCUUGCCCUGCAGCCCGCCAUGCCCCCAUGAGUAGUCUAAGGCAUUCUUCAGUUGGGGAGGACUCUACGCAUGCUCUUAUUAUCCCUGAUGGGCAAUCCCACACCUAUGUAAACACAGCCAGCGGUGAGGAUGAUGUAAGGGGCCACCACUGUAUGCACUCCUUACCUGAAGUUCAUCCUCCGAUUCCCCAUUCCAACCAUAGCUGCUCCCUGGAGGACCGGAAUCCCCAGGUUUACCUUCAGCCAGGAGAAGUGAAGUUUGUUUUGGGCCCAGCCCUAGGUUAUAGGCACAUGAUGAAAUGUGAUGGCUACUGUCGGCCCCACUGGGAGUGCUCAAGGCAUUUCUGCACCCCUCACAACAACAACAACAAUGAGUACAAAGACGAGUGCCUCGCCCCCAAGUGUGUUUAUGAGAACCUCAAUGGUCUGCUGCCUUCUCGAGGAACCUUGCUUCGUCGGGGCAGUGGGCGCUUGAAAAUUCCUCGUGACGAUCUGAAUCCUGCCAGUUGCUCUCAUCGCCGGACCACCCUACUGCACUAUGAGAACCUGCCAUCACUGCCUCCUGUGUGGGAGUGCCAGCCCCUAAGACAGGGCCAGGAUGAGGACGACUCUGGUGAUGCAAUGACACCUUCCUCCAGUGGUUAUCCAGAAACGGAAGAAGAUGACCCUUUACGAAACUACAUGAACUCAGAAAGGGUUGCCCUACAUGGAGGUCUGCGCAGGGGAGGUUGCUUACAACGGCGCCGCAGUUGUACACCCAGUGUUUUCAAUUUCGACUUCUGCCGGCCCUAUUUGGAGCAGCCAAGGCAGCUCAAUUAUAUCCAGGUGGAACUGCAGGAUGAUCCUUGUAAAGGGCGCCAAAGCAUACCAGUCCCCCAUGUCCCAUGUGCGGCUGCCCAUCCAGCCCGCAGGACCAAUUCCUAUGCGGUCAUUGACCAUAAAAAGACAGCAGCCAUGUCCAGCUUACAGAGAGCACUGCCUAAGGAUGAUGGGACUUCCAGGAAAACACGACAUAACAGCACUGACCUGCCUCUGUAAGAAGAACACUCAACCCAAGCACCUCAUUGUGGCUUUUGUAUCUGCUCUUCAACAAAUCAUGUCACAUAACUGCCAUCUUCCCAUUGUGCCCCCCUGUUACUCAGUGUGAGUCACUGGAAUAGUUUCAUCAAGGUAACUUAAGAAAUGUAGCCUAUCUGUGCCUCUUCCGAGCCUCCUUUUCUCCUGCCAUAUAUUUUCUGAAGCUCUGCCAUGUGCUUGAUUACCUGACUUCCCUGAUGGCAGGGUGGAUAAUGGUACAGUUAGAGCUUGAAGGCUAGGGAAACUCUAUUUAACUUUUAUUUUUGAAAAUAGACAAAAAAUAUAUUUAUUUUUAAAUUUUGCAUUAACUUAUUUUUCAGAGAUACUUGUAUCAGUUUGUUUGUUUGUUUGUUUAUUUAUUUAUUUAUCCAAGUUAAAGUGCCCAGCAAAUGUAAUGUUGAAUUGCUUUGCGAUUAAUUCUUUUCUCUGUGAGAAUUAGGAAAGCAGUAAACGGAUAGGUAUAGUAUCAAGUUUUUUAACAAGUGUAAGGCCAGUUAUCAAAAGGCAGAACAGAGGAGGAGAUUCAGGUUGUCAGAGAAUGUAAUGCAUGCAAGAAUAGUUCUAAACUCAUGCAGUCCCAGGGGUGACUCAACAUGCUGACAAAGCCUAACUUCCCAGCUCCAAUUUCUGUGAUUGUACAUCUCAUAAAAUGCCUCUCUUCACCCUCAGAGCAGGAAUAACCAUGGAACUAUAAAUCACCCUAUCACCCUAACAAAUCCUUGGUGGACCUUUUUAAACUGUUGCUGCUUGCCUAAUAGUCUGGUAUAGUCUGUCUGAGAAGCCAAUAUUCUGAUGUAUAUUUAUAUGAUACUAUUUUGCUGGAAUCAGGUAGAACUUUUCUUCCUCCAUUUUGCUUUAUUGCCUCAAAUCCAACACUCUAAUAUUGUCCAAUACAUACUAUAUUAUGCCAGUGAAGCCCAGGCCACCAUUUGCAAAUAAUUGAUUUGGGGGGGAAAAAACCCGCAGCAUUUUGGGAAGCAAAGGACAAGCAAAGGUUUGCUUAUCUGGGACUUUCACAGUUACUUUAGGGUAGUAAUAAACCUACAAUAGGGAAUACACAUUCGGUGGUCAUUAUUUAUGUAUUUGCUGCUGUUGGCCUUCCCAGAGACAGCCUUUCCAGGAAUAAAUGCAUUUGAUCUAAAGUUCAGGCUUUUCUGAAAAACUGUUUCACUGAAGCCAUUAAUAAAAUGCACUGUAUGUGACACAAGCAUUACAGAGUUGGGGAUUAGGAAUCCUCUUGAUAGUAAGUUAUGAUUUCCAUGCUUUCCUUUCCAUAUCUGGUAAGAACUGUCCCUAUAUAAUACAGUUUUAAAAAAUGCUUUUCAUGUUCACAUUGUAUUGGAAAAUAAAAUGUUUGCCUGUUUUGUUUUGGAUUUCUAAUGUAAUCUAUCCCAAGGAGUCCAAAUCAAUACUAGUAUUUUGAGCGAUAAGCUUAGCGAAGCCAACAAUCUAAAGUAUUCAUAAUUUAGAUAAACAUUAAUCAUUACAAGCUGAUCCACACCAUUAAAAGCUUACUUGAACAAGAAUAUAUUGCAGAAGUGUUGAAAACUGCUUGAAAUUAUGUUUUUAAAAACUGGUUUUAAAGUCAUUUUUCUUAAACCUGUUUAUUGCAAAGUGCUAUUCUGAUUUGUUUGUUAUUUAUUGCUCGCCAUAUUGUCAUAUUCAGAAACACAUGCUUUGCAUGUAGAAUACCACAGGUUUAAGCAGGAGUGAGAAUUCCUGUCUGAAAUACUGGAGAGUUAUUGCCCAUUAACAUAGAUAAUAUUGACUUAGAUGAUCAGUACCAUGCUCCAAUAUCUUAUAUCCUUUAUUUUUCAGUCUCCGUUCCUGUGUUCUUCUGCAGCAUUACUGUACAGGUAGUUCUCAGUUUAAGAAUGAGUUCCAUUCCCAAGGUCUGUCCUUAAGUUGAAUUUGUAU